CUUCCGGGUUUCAUGCCGCAGUUUCAGCUCCAUUACUCAGCAGGCUAGGAUGAUUAGUGUGUUUUGCUCUGAGUGCUGCUGAGUGCCGUGAGGGGAGCUCUAGCGAGCUCCGAGUCGAGACAUGAUUAUCAUUCUGUUUCCUAGAAUGGCAUGUAUUCAUUACAUCAAUACUGAUUUUUUUUUAUUUCAGGAUAGAGUGACCUUUGAUGAUGUGCAUGUGAACUUCACUCCAGAAGAGUGGGCUUUGCUGGAUCCUUCCCAGAAGAGUCUCUACAAAGAAGUGAUGCUGGAGACCUACAGGAACCUCAUUGCUAUAAGCUAUAAUUGGGAAGACAACAAUAUUGAAGAACAUUGUCAAAGUUCUAGAAGACAUGGAAGGCAUGAAAGAAGUCAUACUAACAAGAAACCCUACAAAUGUAAUCGAUAUGAUAAAGCCUUUUCACAACACCAUCAUCUCCAAAUGAAUAAAAAAACAUAUACUGGAGAGAAAACUUAUGAAUGUAAUCAGUGUGGGAAAGCCUUUGCACGUCACAGUCAUCUUCAGUGUCAUGAAAGAACUCAUACUGGAGAAAAACCCUAUGAAUGUAAUCAAUGUGGGAAAGCCUUUUCAUUGUAUAGUAGUCUCCAAAAGCAUGAAAGAAUUCAUAGUGGAGAGAAGCCCUAUAAAUGCAUUCAAUGUGGUAAAGCCUUUUCACAACAUAGUAGUCUUCAAGUGCAUAAAAGAACACAUACUGGAGAGAAACCUUAUGAAUGUAGUCAGUGUGGUAAAGCUUUUGCCAGUCACAGUAAUCUUCAGUGUCAUGAAAGAACUCAUACUGGAGAGAAACCCUAUGAAUGUAAUCAGUGUGGGAAAGCCUUUGCACGUCUCAGUCAUCUUCAAUGUCAUGAGAGAAUUCAUACUGGAGAGAAGCCCUAUGAAUGUAAACAAUGUGGAAAAGCUUUUGCACGCCACAGUCAUCUUCAAAAUCAUGAAAGAAUUCAUACUGGAGAGAAACCCUAUGAAUGUAAUCAAUGUACUAAAGCCUUUGCAUGUCAUAGUAAUCUCCAAAUACAUACAAGAAGACAUACUGGAGAGAAACCCUAUGAAUGUAACCAAUGUGGGAAAGCCUUUACAUCUCACUUUAGUCUUCAAAUACAUAAAAGAAAACAUACUGGAGAGAAACUCCAUGAAUGUGAUCAGUGUGGUAAAGACUUUGCAUGUCACAGUAGUCUCCAAAUACAUAAAAGAAAACAUACUGGAGAGAAACCCUAUGAAUGUGAUCAAUGUGGGAAAGCCUUUGCACGUCUGAGUCAUCUUCAGUGUCAUGAAAGAAUUCAUACUGGAGAGAAGCCCUAUGAAUGUAAUCAAUGUGGUAAAGCCUUUGCACGUCUCAGUCAUCUUCAAAGGCAUGAAAGAACGCAUACUGCAGUGAAACCCUAUGAAUGUAAUCAAUGUGGGAAAUCCUUUGCAUGUCAGAGUAGUCUCCAUAUACAUAAAAGAACACACACUGGAGAGAAACCCUAUAAAUGUAAUCAAUGUAAUAAAGCCUUUUCAGGACAGGGUAAUCUCCUAAUACAUAAAAGAACACACACUGGAGAGAAACCCUAUGAGUGUGAUCAAUGUGUUAAAGCCUUUACACGUCAGAUUUAUCUCCUAAUACAUAAAAGAACACAUACUGGAGAGAAACCUUUUGAAUGUAAUCAAUGUGGGAAAGCCUUUGCACAUCACAGUCAACUUCAAAGGCAUGAAAGAAUCCAUUCUGUAGGGAAACCGUACAAUUACAAAUUAAUGUGAUAAAAAUGUAAUGAUAUGUAAAGUGUAGCCUUUGUGUCUGGCUGUAAGUGAAAUUCAUAGUUUUACUAUGUGAAAUUCAUGUUUCUGGCUUUAAGAAAAAUAUUUUAGCAAAACCUUUGCUGUGUUUGGAUUAAUAGGUAGAGACUGAGAAACUGUUUUGAGAUUGAACCUUGAAGAUAUUUUUUCUGUGGAGAAUCUGCACUUGCUACUACAUGGGAGCUUGCAGCUGUACUGACCUUGAUCCUAAGACAUUCCUUACAAACCUGAAGUUCUUUGCCACAAUCAAAAGAGAUUGAAAUUUGUGUGGUGUGUCUCUUCUCAGAGGCAGACAGGUAACUUUGGUAGUUGGAACCAUUCCCAGCCCCAAUUAACCUUCUAUAAUGUUUGGAUAAAGUAACUGGAAUGAGCUAACUGGGUGAGAGUCUUUUCCAAGAAGACUGAACUCCUCUGCUCCUUUUGAAAAUUAAGGUUUAGCAUCAUGGUGAGCUUCACUGUCUACUGUGCCACCUAUCACUAACAUUAAAUAAUAAUAAAGCCUUUUC